UGAGAGUGUGUGCGCUCGGGCGAUCAGUCGUAGUACUGCCUGGUUUAAGAUAAGGAAGGCGAUCUAGACCACAGACACUCUGAGGUAUAAACACAGUAUCUCAUCUGUGUAUAUAAUACUCUGUUACAGCUGGAUAUAUCUUUGAUGAACUUUUGUUUCACUACUACCCCUCUUCAUGCCCCCAGCCGAAGCUCGGUUCGGGGUGCCCCAGUGCGCGUGUUGCCUUUGAAGGAUAUGUUCCCAGCCGCUGUUAGAAAGCGGAGGGGUGUGUGUCUCGGCUCGACUCCCUUCUGCAGGGGCUAGCCUGAGCGCCUGUACCAUCUGUAGCUGUCUGCCCGACUUCGGUUCCGCAAAUUUGGGGUACCAGGCUAAGGGAGCCCCGGCGACUCGCAAGAGAAUGCCGGUCAGGAAGGGACUGCUGGCUCCUCAGAACACUUUCCUGGAUACCAUCGCCACCCGCUUUGAUGGCACCCACAGUAACUUCGUUCUGGGCAAUGCGCAGGUCCAGUCUCUCUACCCCAUCGUGUACUGUUCGGACGGGUUCUGUGAGCUGACUGGCUAUGCGAGGGCGGAGCUCAUGCAGAAGUGCUGUGCAUGUCACUUCCUCUAUGGGGCAGAGACCAGUGAAAAGCUGAUCGCACAGAUCCAGAACGCACUAGAUGAGCGCCGAGAGUUCAAGACAGAACUGGUGUUCUACAAGAAGACAGGAACCCAGUUCUGGUGCUUGCUGGACAUCGUCCCAAUUAAGAAUGAGAAGAGCGAGGUAGUCCUGUUCCUGGCCUCUCACAAGGACAUCACCGACACCAAGAAACGCCUGGCAACUGGGAACAGCUGUGACACUGGUGACGAGGAGGUAUACAGAGACACGCGCCCUCCCGGGUUCAACACCAACCGCAGGCGCAGCCGAGCCGUUCUGUACCACCUGUCAGGGCACCUACAGAAACAGGAGAAGGGCAAGCUGAAGCUCAACAACAAUGUGUUUGGAGAGAAGCCCCCUGUCCCAGAGUACAAGGUUGCAGCCAUUCAGAAGUCGCGCUUCAUCCUGCUGCACUACGGCACCUUCAAGGCGGGCUGGGAUUGGCUGAUCCUGCUGGCCACCUUUUACGUGGCAGUGACCGUGCCCUUUAACGUGUGCAUCAGUGUUGUGGGGGGGCGGGAUGACUGGAGCUCCGCCUCUCGCAGCCCCCCCAGCGUCAGUGACAUCCUGGUGGAGAUCCUGUUCAUGCUGGAUAUUCUGCUGAACUUCCGGACGACCUACGUGAGCAAGUCAGGCCAGGUGGUGUACGACCCACGCUCCAUCUGCGUUCACUACGCCACCACCUGGCUCUUCGUGGACCUGAUCGCAGCACUGCCUUUCGAUCUGCUCUACGCCUUCAACGUCAGCGUGUAUUUUGGGGUUCACCUCUUGAAGACGGUGCGUUUGCUGCGUCUUCUGCGUCUCCUGCAGAAGCUGGAGCGGUACUCUCAGUACAGCUCCGUGGUGCUCACUCUGCUCAUGCUCAUGUUCGCGCUGCUCGCUCACUGGAUGGCCUGCAUCUGGUUCUUCAUCGGCCAGAAAGAGCUCGACCUGCACGACCCGGGCACAUGGGACAUCGGCUGGCUCCAUGAGCUGGGAAAGCGCUUGGGCUCCCCUUACGUCCUGACCCCGCUUCUCAGAGCUCCUGAUUCAGGGAAUGUGACGGUGCUGGGAGGAACCCCGCAGAACUCCAGCCAAUGGAAUGCGUCGGGGGCGGAGCUUCUGGACAGGGCCUCCCUGAACUCCAGCCAAGGAAGUGAGUCGGCUGCAGAGCUGACGGGAGGGCCCUCUGUUCGCAGCUCCUACGUGACAUCACUGUACUUCGCUCUGAGCAGCCUGACCAGCGUGGGCUUCGGGAACGUGUCUGCAAACACAGAUGCAGAGAAGAUCUUCUCAAUCUGCACCAUGCUCAUUGGAGCUCUGAUGCACGCGGUGGUGUUUGGUAAUGUGACGGCGAUUAUCCAGCGCAUGUACUCGAGGCGCUCACUCUACCACACGCGCACCAAGGACCUGAAGGACUUCAUCCGUGUGCACCGCAUCCCCAAGCAACUGAAGCAGCGCAUGCUAGAGUGCUUCCAGACCACUUGGUCUGUCAACAACGGCAUCGACGUCAACGAGCUGCUGAAGGAUUUCCCGGACGAGCUUCGCGCUGACAUUGCCAUGCACCUGAACAAGGAGGUCCUGCAGCUGCCCCUGUUCGAGUCGGCGAGUCACGGCUGCCUGCGCUCCCUGUCUCUCAUCAUCAAGACAUCUUUCUGUGCGCCAGGGGAGUUCCUGAUCCGCCAGGGCGAUGCGCUGCAGGCCAUCUACUUCGUGUGCUCAGGGUCCAUGGAGGUGCUCAAGGACAACACUGUGCUCGCCAUCCUAGGGAAGGGAGAUCUCAUUGGCUCUGACUUCCUGACGAAGGAGCAGGUGAUCAAGACGAAUGCCAACGUGAAGGCGUUGACCUACUGUGACCUGCAGUACCUCAACCUGAAGGGCCUGCGCGAGGUGCUGCGGCUCUACCCAGAAUAUGCCCAGAAAUUCAUAGCAGAGAUACACCACGACCUGACCUACAACCUGAGAGAGGGCAGCAACACAGAUGUGGAGAGUGAGGUGAACGGGGGUCUGGUGAAGAAGCUGCCCUCUAUCCUGGAGGAUGAGGAAUGUGAGGAUGACGAGCGCUCCCCCCACUCCCGCGCCCCUCGCUCUCCUCUCAGACUGAGCCGGGCACUCAACUCCCCCUUGCUGCCCCCCCGCCCCUUCCGCAUGCCCCCCGAGAGCAACAAGCCCUCGAAGCUGCAGAUCCCAGCCGUCAGCUUCAGCGCCCCACCAGAGCUCAGCCCCAGGUUUGUUGAUGGCAUUGAGACUAACAGCAAUGUUGCUUUUGGGCAGAAAUUCGAGUUCAACUCAAACAUGAUACUGGGCAGCAACUCCAGCCCCCCGACCCCUACCCCAGGAAACAGUGACGAGAGCAGACAGAGCAUCAACAAGCUAAACCAGGAGAUCUGUGGUCUCUCCCAACAGGUGACCCAGCUCAGCCGUGACCUGCAGGAAAUGAUGCAGCUGCUGAAGCCCCACUUCCUGACCCCCAGCCCCCCCUACAGCAGCUCCCUGCCCGCUCCCUGCCUCUACCCCAGCAGUGUGCAGCCUGGCCCCUGGUCAACCACUGCCUCUCACCUGGUCUCUGGAGGGGCUGAAAACAGCAUCCACACCUCCCUGUCUCUGGACUCCUUCCUGCCUCCUCUUGGACAGGGGCCCCCCACUCACCCGUCCACAGACUCUCUGAAGAUCCAGACAGGGGACCUCCUGGGGGGGCUGCUCCUCCCCCCGCCACCCAGAGGGAGCAGCACUGAGGAGGCCAGCACCCUGGAACUGUUCCAGAGGGGGACGCAGAGGCCAGGGCAAACCCAGACUGACUGCAUCCAGUUUAUUGAUGAUGAGGGGACCACUCUGUGAAGACUAGAGACAAGACUAAAGGGAGACCACGCUCCUGCAGACAGACACAUACACUAAAGGUGCUGCUGCUGUUUCUGCCAGCGCUGCCCUCCACAUUCUCAUCUCCAGUUUCUUCACUUUUUCUUGCCUCCGAUGCAGGGCAGAUCACAGGCAGACUCUAGCCAGGCAGUCAGUCAGUCAGACAUGCAGCCUCACAACAAGGGGGUUCAGGGGGGUUUGAAUUAGAGCACCCGUUCCAAACCUCCCUUACAACACCUUCAAAUCAAAAUGGGUUAAAACAAAACCAUGAGUGGGAGACUCCAAUGCAAUGUAAUAAUGAACCAAUACUCUAUUGAUGCCCAUCAGCUUGAAAUCCAAGCCUCUUGUAACAAAGCUUGCUAUAGCAGCCCUGGUAGAGAGGUGUGAGUGGAGCAGCUGGUCUCUGGUCCCUGAUUGGCAGUGCAGUAGAGUUCCUCUAGAGGUGGCAGGGGGCCAGUGCCCUCGUCUCCCUUUGCUUCUGACACAAGGGGUGGGAAGCCUCUAAAUUUUUAAGGGAGAGGUGAUGAUUUUUUAAUUUAUUUUUUUAUUCAUUCACUCAUCUGUAUUUAUCUUAUUUAUUUGCAUGAAGUGAGAGGAUGAAAUGGAUGUGUGAAGGGGCCAUGGCAACAGUGCAGAACUAAGACACACAAACACACUGUCACAGCCAGUGAUUGUGCAGAAUCUCUGCCAACCCUGCCCUGCCGCCACCAGUGGAACACACACAGCGAGAGAGACAUUAUUUUUCUACCUUUGUUACUUUAUCAAAAAAGCUUUAUUAUUUAUUAUUACUGUAUACUGAGCAUCAAA